CAGUGUUUUUACGGCAGCCGGUUACCACCAUACCAAACAACAUGGCAGAUGCUGAGCAGAGUUUCGGUCCCGGUCCCGGUCCUGAGGAGGCUUUCCAGGAGAGUUCAGCAGGGAGGAGAGACAGCGGGACACCGGGAGCUGCCGCCCGGGACAAACCCGUUUGUCUGAUCGUGCUGGGGAUGGCGGGGUCCGGGAAAACCACCUUCGUUCAGAGGCUGACGGGUCACCUUCACUCUCUGAAAACUCCGCCAUACGUCAUCAACCUGGACCCUGCCGUCCACGAAGUCCCCUUCCCUGCAAACAUUGACAUCAGGGACACAGUGAACUACAAGGAGGUGAUGAAGCAGUACGGCCUCGGACCGAACGGAGGCAUUGUGACGUCACUCAACCUGUUCGCUACGCGCUUCGAUCAGGUGAUGCAGUUCAUAGAGAAGAAGCGACAGAAUCACCGGUACGUGCUGAUUGACACCCCAGGUCAGAUUGAAGUCUUCACCUGGUCGGCGUCCGGAACCAUCAUCACAGAGGCUCUGGCGUCGUCCUUCCCCUGUGUCGUGAUCUAUGUGAUGGACACGUCCCGCAGCAUCAACCCUGUCACAUUCAUGUCCAAUAUGCUCUACGCCUGCAGUAUUCUCUACAAGACCAAGCUGCCCUUCAUCGUCGUCAUGAACAAGACCGACAUCAUCGACCACAGCUUUGCGGUGGAGUGGAUGCAGGACUUUGAGGUUUUCCAGGAUGCUCUGAACCAGGAAACCUCGUACGUGAGCAACCUGACACGCUCCAUGAGUCUGGUGCUGGACGAGUUCUACACCAACCUGAGGGUGGUGGGCGUGUCAGCAGUGACAGGAACCGGAUUGGACGAACUGUUCGUUCAGGUGGAGGACGCCGCUGAGGAGUAUGAGAGGGACUAUCGACCUGAAUACGAACGACUGCACAAACAGCUGACGGACGCUCAGAGCAAGAAGCAGCAGCAGCAGCUGGAGCGUCUCAGGAAGGACCUGGGAGCUGUGGACAUGACAAACGCACCUGCCAUAGAGGAUGCUGACAUCGCCGGACCCAGUGACCUCAUUAUGACACGUGGUAACCCUGACGAUGCGGAGGAGGAGGAGGACGACAGCGACACAGAUGACAUCGACCACACAGCCACGGAGGAGAGCAAAGAGAGCGAUGCCUUCGGAAACUUCCUGAAGGAGAGGAAGGAAGUGGUUCAGGUCCGAAACAGGAAGUGUGCGAUGCCUGAGGGACCCUGACCUCUGACCUCUACUACCUGACAUUUGACUCUGCCAGGAAACAUGGACAGAAGGCAGGUGAGGGAACGGGGUCCCUCUCUGAGGCACAGACUAUUACCUGAACUGAACUUCCUGUCUGAUCUGGUGACCUCUGACCCUGCUCCUCAGUGUUGCUCCUUCCUGAAAAGUUAUAUUUUUAUAUCAGAACAGACUCUUCUAUUCUUCCUGUGUUUUUCAUUACUGUUGACUUUUAUUUGUAAAAACACUGAAGUGAUCCAAUAAAAAGUGAAAGCUAAAAAA